AUGAAUUAUUUAUCCAACAAUUUGAGCGCGUUUAUGAAGAGUGCGGAGAGCGUCGCCGGGGACAGGGGCCACAGUGUUAAAAGCGGGAACAGCGGUAAAGGCGGACAGAGUGGUAAAAGCGGGAACAGUGGGCGCAGCGCGCACAGCGGCAACCGCUGCUUUCUGAGUAGGAAUGUCGACCCGGAAAGGGGGGGCGAUGGUCAUAAUGAGGGCGUCGGCCACAAUCAGGGUAGUGGCCACAAUCAGGGCAGUGGCCACAAUCAGGGCGGAGGCCACAAUCAGGGAGGAGGCCACGGAGAAGGAUCUAGCGAAGUGUACAGUCAAGGAAAUCGCCGCAACGUCUACGCUCCCGAGCAGAAUAGCCCGAACUUCUCACAUACAGCGUACCAACAGAUACAGGGAAACACCCCCAAUGAACAUAACCACUAUGCUGACAUCCGAGGGGUAUGGGAGAAAAUAAAGAGCAGGAGUGGUCUAUCCAAUUUUGUAGAAAGCGUAAUUCAGGACGGCGUCAACGUUGUUAGCGAGAAAAUUGGUUCUUUCAGCGAUGGCGGCUACGCGAAGGACCCGAACAGAAACGACGACUGGGGUAGCCACGUACGAAGCGCACAUUAUAGCAGGGUCAAGUACAACCAUCCCUACGGAGAUCAAAUCGGAGAAAACGAAACGUACCAUAUAGCAUCAAGCAACAACAGAACCACUGGUAAUAGUAGUAGCCAAAAUAACGGUAAUGGGAAUAGCCAACAAAGCGGAAAGGGUGGAAGUAACACACAAAAUAGCUACAAUAAUAAGGACACGGGGGGGGGCACCAACAGCAAUAACUACAACCAUAGUGGUAGCAGCGGAUAUAAUAACAGUGCGAGUGGGUAUGCAAAUGGCAGAACCCCUAAUGGAGGAGGGGGAAACGACAACAAUGAUAAUGGAGACGGAGAUGACGAUGGUAAUAAUGGGCACUACGGCCGAAAUGGCAGGUGCGAUAAUAACGGAGAGAGUAACGAUGAGGAUGAUGAUGAUAACGAGGACGACAAUGGGGAUGGAGACAGCGAUCGACAUGGGGAGCAAAGCAACGACCCGAGUGGACACCAAAACGAUCGAAUCGACGACCCAGGUGAUCGAAAUGGGAAAAUGUACUCUAGAAAUAACGGCUCCUCCUCAUCAGUAACGUCGUCAUAUAUUAACGCAGAUGCCCAUGCAUCGAAUAGCGGUGCGAUGAAACAUCAGUACCAAAAGAAACGCAAGAGUGGACGAACCAGCUGCCCAGCUGCAAACGACAACAGCAAUAGACGAAGCAGUAACAGUGUCAGCAGCGUCAACUUCAUAGGGGGAGGAAGCAGCAGCAAUGGGUAUGGAGACCAUAAUAACAGCGGUGUAGAGUAUGCCAAUGCAGAGAGGAGGAAUAGCCUUAAUUUAAGGAGAGGAAUGAACGAUGGUAGUAAUGAAUAUUUUAAUCCGUACCCUAUGGGAGGUAGUUACAACAGAUCCGCCACAGAAGCACCUAGUCGUAAUCGUGGAAGUUACGACUGCAGUGGUGGUCAUUAUGGAGAUAAUUAUGGAGGAAGCGGCGCGGGGGGUAACUACGCCAGCAGCCAUGGGGGCAACACACUCGGAAGGAACAGCGGAAGCAGUGGGAACAGCGCUAGCUACGGGAAUAGUGGAAGUACCAAUAAUCAUGAGACCGAUUUAGGCCCCACCAAUAACUCCAUGAUGAAUAAAAAUAUUGGGAAUAAAAGAAACUACGCAGCCAAUGUGGAUUAUAAGGACAUGGGAUCGAACCCUGGUUACUGCAGACAGGGAGACAGCAACAGCCACGUGAGCAGCCACAGGAACAGCUUCAGCAGCGGCGGGAACCACAGCAAGCAAAUAAAGAAGGGCCGAGACUGCGGAGAUAGCGGCGACGGUGGCGAUAGCGAUCAUAGCGGCGGUUGCGGUGGUUGCGGUGGUUGCGGUGGCUGCGGUAACUGCGGCGAUUGCGGCAAUAAUGGCGACCGUGGUGGUGCCAAUGACCGUGGUGACCGCGAUGACCCCGAUGACCGUGUCGACCGCGAUGACCCCGAUGACCGUGUCGACCGCGAUGACCGCGACGACGCGGAGGAUCAUGUGCAGAAGCGACACGUGCACGCCACCAACUCGGAUAUGCUGAACCCUGAGGAAAGGAAGAGAGAAGCGGAAAAGUACAAAGUGUUGGGGAACCAAAGCUACAAACUGGGAUAUUUUGAAUCUGCCAUCGACUACUACACGAAGGCUAUUUCAUACGACAACACGAAUCAUGUGUAUUACACGAAUAGGGCCCUGUGUUAUAAGAAGCAGAAACUGUGGAAAUUAGCGAACAGUGACGCAAGGCAGGCCCUAAAUUUGGAGGAAGAAUCCGUAAAGGCACACUUCAUUCUGGGAUUGACCCUUCUACAUCUGAACAGCUUAGAAGAAGGAUUAAAAAAGCUAACGAAAGCGAAGACCCUCUCUAGCUACUUAAAGGACUCUAACGAAUGCGAAAUCAACAGAUAUAUAUUGCAAGCGAAAAAAUUAAUAUACCUUCGAGACGAACAGAACAAGCAGCUAACCUACACCGAGCUACAGUCGUUCCUAAUUGAUAAAAUAAAUUUACUGAAUCAAAUUGGCUACAUAUCAAAUGAGGAGAAAUUUUUACGAAUCCAACAGACAGAGAAUCUGUUCAAAGAAAUAUUGAACUCAUUCCAAAGGAAACAGAUACCGGAUUAUUUGUGUUGCAAAAUUUCUAUGUGCUUAAUGAAUGAACCGGUGAUUACUCCUAGUGGUAUGACUUACGAUAAGAUAUUUUUGUAUGAACACGUUAAGCAUAAUGGGUCGUUUGAUCCGGUUAGUCGAGAGCAGUUCUCCAUGCGAGAGGUUAUUCCCAAUUAUGCCAUAAAAGAGGCUACGGACAAUUUUUUGAAGUCCAACCCGUGGGCCUUCGAGGAGUAA